AACCUCCCAAUGGCGAACAGCGACAAGAAAGACUAGGUGGUGGCUAAAAGUGGGCCUCUCGCAGCCGCCUCCCUUUUCCGUCCCCUUCGUCAAACCUUCGUCGACGAUUUCAUCGCGCUCUCGCUUUCUCUCUCGCUCUAUCUGAUUCUCACUCUUCUCCUUCUUCCGGGCCUUGUCUAUGAUCCCCGUCGGCAACGCUCCCAGAACCCAGCUCCGAUCCCUCUCUGUCCGGGGUGAUCGCCGUUGAAGAGGAAGCGAGAUUGUAAUUCUUAUGGUUGGUGGAAUUUGGGCGAAUUUGUCAACGAGGAGAUGAGGAACAUCCUCAAGAAGCUUCACAUCGUGCGGGGACAAUCGGAUGAUGCCGAUGGGUCGCCGCCGUCGAGGGGGAGCAGAAUCAGAAGUAGCGCUUGUAGUGCCCCACUGGUGGAGCAGAAGCCCUUGUCUAGCCUAUCGAGCUGGCUGAACUCCGUUGCUAGCAAGCCAGCUUCUUCUUCUGGUCCGCCUUCUGCGUCGUCUUCCUCCUCUGUGGUUAGUGGUGGUAGGGAGGAGAGGAGGGAGUUGAUUGAGCGGCAGGGCCUGGGCCGGGAGCUUGAGGCGAAGGAGGCGGUGGACCCAGACUUGGAGGAGGAGCACCAGAUACAGCUUGCCCUUGAGCUGAGCGCGAGGGAGGAUCCUGAGGCCGUGCAGAUUGAGGCUGUUAAGCAGAUCAGCCUUGGCCCGUGCCCUUCUGUGAGCAAUCCUGCUGAAGUUCUUGCUUACAGAUAUUGGAAUUACAAUGCCCUUAGCUAUGAUGAUAAGAUCUUGGAUGGUUUCUAUGAUCUCUAUGGCAUUUUGGCCGAUUCUAGUUUGUUGAAGAUGCCUUCACUUAUUGAUCUACAAGGAAUGCCGGUAGCUAGUGAUGUCAGUUGGGAUGCUGUUAUAGUGAAUAGGCCAACUGAUACUGACCUUUUAAAACUUGAACAGAGGGCCCUAGAAUUGGCUUCAGAGGCAAAGCCAGAAUCACUGGGUUACGCUGGCAGUGAUUUGGUCCGUAAACUUGCUGUUUUGGUUUCUGACUAUAUGGGUGGCACAGUUUGUGAUCCUGAUAGCUUGCUGGUGUUAUGGAUGAAGCUAAGUAACUUUCUAAGGGCAAGAACAGGAAACAUGGUUUUGCCCCUUGGCCACUUGUCUGUUGGUUUAGCUCGCCAUCGUGCUUUGUUGUUCAAGGUUUUGGCAGAUGGGGUGGGAAUCCCUUGCCAAUUAUUAAAAGGGCAGCAGUUUACUGGCUCAGAAGAUGGUGCUGUAAACAUUGUAAAGUUUAGUGAUGGGAAGGAAUACAUUGUUGAUCUCAUGGCAGCUCCUGGUACUCUUAUCCCUUCAGAUGGUGCAGGACUGGUGAAAGAUUUUGAAGAAACUUUCUUUCUUGUUAAUUCUGUUUUUAAAAAUGUGAUGAGUCCACGUAUGGCCUCCUCUAACAGCAGUGUUGCAAGUUCUCUGGGUUGUUACACUGAGAAUGAGCCACUUGGUAAGAAGGCCAUGGCCAGAACUCUGAAUGAUAUGGAUAAUGAAGGGGUUGGUUCUGGUGCGUUGAAGAAUCAAGAGAGUCUAGAAUUAAAUUCUUUAUGCCCUGAAUCUUCCAGCGAAGUUAUAAUUCUUCCUAAUGAUGACCAAUCUCCAGAGCAAUCAAUGGGAUCAAAUCGACCACAUGUUCUUGCAAGAUCUCCUUCUUGGACUGAGGGUGCUAGUUCUCCAGCUGUACGCCGUAUGAAAGUAAAGGAUGUUUCACAAUAUAUGAUUGAAGCGGCUAAGGAAAACCCACAGUUAGCUCAGAAGCUUCAUGAUGUAUUGCUUGAAAGUGGUGUUGUGGCACCACCUAACUUGUUUACUGAAAUUUAUAGUGAAGAGCCUGAUCCUACUGUGUCUGACAUUAACAUCUCUGAAGAUAAAGACGAAAUGAGAAAGAUGAAUAAUGAAAAGAGGAGUAAAACCCCAUAUGAAGGUAGCCCUGGAACAUUUUUACCUCCCCUUCCACGUCAGAAUAUGCAGCGAAAGGUGCCUUCUUCAAGGACCAAGCCUGAACCCCUUAAGCCUAUUGAGGGUUUGGAGCUUUCUCGUUCUCUUGUUCCUGCAGAAGCAGCUGGUUUUCCUUGUUCAUCCCAAUCUGAAACUCCUGGAGUGCAGUCACAGGGGGCUACAUUGCAGUUCAUAAAGAACAUGCCUGUUGCUGCCGCUGCUGCAACAGCGGCUGUAGUUGCAUCUUCGAUGGUUGUUGCUGCAGCUAAAUCAAGCUCUGAUAUUAAAAUGGAAGUUCCUGUUGCUGCUGCAGCCACUGCUACUGCCGCAGCAGUGGUAGCCACAACUGCUGCUGUCAGCAGGCAAUAUGAGCAUUCAGGUUCUUCAUAUAAUUUACAUAUUAGCUUGAAAAGCCAAAUUGAUACGACAGGCAACAUGCAAGUAGGAAGUGAUCACCCAGAUGAUUGUACUCUUGAGCAGGAGCAUGAUAUUAGUGAAAUCCAUCAAGAGACAGAAAGAAGCUCUGAUAGAUCAACUGGAAAUGAUAGCGUAAGAUCUGAUAUUGCACUUGAUGAAGUUGCAGAUUGUGAGAUACAGUGGGAGGACCUUGUUUUGGGAGAACGUAUAGGAUUGGGGUCCUUUGGAGAGGUAUACCGUGGAGAGUGGCAUGGAACGGAAGUUGCAAUUAAAAAGUUUCUGCAUCAAGAUCUUUCUGGUGAUGCCUUGGAAGAAUUUAAGAGUGAGGUCCGGAUAAUGAAAAAACUACGGCAUCCAAAUGUUGUUCUCUUCAUGGGAGCUGUAACUCGAGUUCCUAAUCUUUCAAUCGUGACAGAAUUUCUUCCGAGGGGCAGUUUAUUUCGCUUGAUUCACCGACCCAACAAUCAGCUAGAUGAAAGGCGCCGUUUAAAGAUGGCCCUUGAUGUGGCUCGUGGAAUGAAUUACUUGCACAAUUGCACUCCUAUGAUUGUUCACCGUGAUCUGAAGUCACCUAACCUUCUUGUAGACAAAAGCUGGGUUGUAAAGGUUUGUGAUUUUGGUUUAUCUCGAAUGAAACACAGCACAUUCCUCUCAUCAAGGUCAACUGCUGGAACGGCUGAGUGGAUGGCACCUGAAGUUCUAAGAAAUGAGCCUUCGGAUGAAAAGUGUGAUGUCUUCAGCUUUGGAGUCAUAUUAUGGGAGCUGUGUACGUUACAACAGCCGUGGGGGGGAAUGAAUCCAAUGCAAGUUGUUGGUGCUGUCGGAUUUCAAUACCGUCAUCUUGAUAUUCCAGAUGACAUGGAUCCUGCCAUAGCAGAUAUAAUAAUUAAGUGCUGGCAAACAAAUCCAAAGUUGCGGCCCUCAUUUUCAGACAUCAUGGCUGCUCUGAAGCCAUUGCAGAAGUCUCUGUCAAGUGGCCAAACAUCUAGGCAUAGGGCACCUGCAGCAGGAAGCACAGAGAAAGAGAGAUCAUAGGGCAACAGAGAGCAGGAGAUUCUGGAUGUAUAGUACAAUGGAAGUGUCCCAUGUCAAUCUGGUCAUAGAAGUUUCCAUCAAGUGUAAGUUCAGUGCUCAGUUUAAAUCCAACAGGAAAUUGUAAAAUACGCGGCUUUUCUGCAUUGUCCGUGUCAUACCAAUUUGUCUGUCUGUAAAUACUUUUUGCCCAUUCUGUUGCUCAAGCUUGGAUCAAAAUGACAUCUUCAAGCGAAGAGCAUCACAACCUGCUAGCAUCAAUAUACUUGCUGUUUCUUGAACAGCAAAAAACAUGGGGUAAAGAGUGGAAUGGUCAAAUGUCAAAAUAUAGAAAUGUGAACAGAGACUGCUGGAGGUAAAACACUGCUGUUGUUUGAGGCUAAAUUUGGCCAUCAUAGGUCACCGAAAGAAUUUAUCUAUCAUCUAAAAUGAAAUGUGUCCCUUGUAUCAUAUUUUGUCAUUGUCAUCAACCGCUGCUGUAUUGUAAAUUUUCUUUUUAUUAAUCGAUCUUUUUAUUAAGCCCCA